UAAUGGCUGAUCGGGCUCGGUUUCCAUCUUCUCGAAUCCCUCCUUUCCCUAUCAAUUCAACUGCGCAGGCCUCAUCUAUGCCGAUCCCACCCCCCGAGACCAGGCUCGGCAUGAACACAAGUCCUUUUCUGUCUAGCAUCCAGAAGUUGCGCAACAUCCUCAAAGAGCGUAUCAGGAAGAUGACGGGCGUGCCUGUGAAAUAUUUGUAUCUUCAACAUACUGCACACACCCAAGGGCAACUGUCUCUUAUCCAGAGGCCUCGUUCCCAAAGCGACUGCUGGAUCGAAUCCGAGAUUGCUACAAACUGGGUAUGUGUGCUUCGACUUCAUGUGCACUGCAUUAUGUUGACACUCGAUAGUCUGGUCCAGUGAAUUUCGUCGAUUUUGAUACCUCUACAGGCAUUGGGAACAUAAAGCUAGGACUCAACUUGUAUCAAGCGAAGGCUUUCUUGGAUGACCUUCCAAUUGGUGUCGCGUUCGAGAUCCACGGAAUCGACGACGAGAAAGCCAUCGUAGGGGUUCGCCAACGCUUCGUCUCGCCGUUCUCUCCCAACGUCUCCCGAUCUAUACGGGAUUAUCCCUACGCUCAUGCCGUCAAGCUCGUCGAGUCGCGUGCGGAGAUUUUUACCCGAUAUGCAAUGGAAGGCAAAGAGGACAUGUUCUCUGCAUACGACCCCAUCGAGUUUCCAAUCUCAC